CACUCUGUAGACCAGGCUGGUCUUGAACUCAUAGACAUCUGCUUCCCAAGUGCUGGGAUUAAAGGCCUGCACCACCACUGCCAGGUUUAUCCUGGUCCAUUAAGACUGAUUUCACCUGUCUCCACUGCUCAUUCUGCGUGAUCCUACCCUGUGACAGAGCUCAGCAUACUCUAAGAGCUUCAGGUGAGAUAUCCCUAGGGACUGGAUGCAAGAAGCCAGCUUCCUUGUCCCUACCAUCCGUUCCCUCAUAUUGACAAAUCCCUGGAGUUUUGAUCCUUCUGAGGGACACUGUAUUCUUUCUCCAAGUGUGAGCAGAGUAAAAUAAUCCACACUCUCCAAAUGCCUUUUUUCCCAUGCUUCCAAUCCACACUCUCUUCUAUGUCACCAUAAAUGUUUUCUUGGACUGUCCCAUCUUUAGAGGCCAUCAUCCUUGGAGCUGCUGACCCCUGCUGUAGACUUUCCCAGGGCUGAUUCCAGAGCUGAGCAAGGGAUUAUUGGAAAAGGCACAAGGGAGGCCCCAGUUGGUACCAUGGCUUCUGCCGAGCCCCUGACAGCGCUGUCCCGCUGGUACCUAUAUGCCAUCCAUGGCUACUUCUGCGAGGUGAUGUUCACAGCGGCCUGGGAGUUCGUGGUGAAUUUUAACUGGAAGUUCCCAGGGGUCACCAGCGUGUGGGCCCUCUUCAUCUACGGCACCUCCAUCCUGAUCGUGGAGCGCAUGUACCUGCGCCUGCGAGGCCGCUGCCCUCUUCUGGUGCGCUGUGUCAUCUACACUCUCUGGACCUACCUGUGGGAGUUCACUACCGGCUUUAUCCUACGCCAGUUCAACGCCUGUCCCUGGGACUACUCCCAGUUCGACUUUGAUUUCAUGGGCCUCAUUACCCUGGAGUAUGCUGUGCCCUGGUUCUGCGGGGCCCUCAUCAUGGAGCAGUUUAUCAUCCGCAACACCCUCCGCCUGCGCUUUGACAAGGACGCGGAGCCCGGGGAGCCGGCCAGCCCACCAGCCCUGGCCAAUGGCCACGUCAAGACUGACUGAGUCAGAAGAUUAAUGUGAGGACCUGAAGUCUCUUGUAGGAACCCAUGAACAGAGAGAGAGAGAGACCAAGCUGGUGGGGUUACCCCUUGGUUCAGCACAAGCCCCGCCCCCAACUGGGUCUUAGCCCAGUAGGGCAAACAUAACCACACAUGGUGGGCAGUGGGAUGGGUGUUGGGGAGUUGGGUGUCUAGACAACAGAAAUACUUUGAGACUCAUCCAUGCCUCUCAACACAUCCUGGGGGGCUGGGGGCUGGGUAGCGAACAACUGGACUUUGAUGGAUGACUUUGGAAGCAGCAGACCUGUCCUAACUAAGGGACGUGAACUCCGGGGCCACAGGUGGGAGGCAAGGUCUGAGAAGGCCUUGGCUGCUGUUGGGGCCACCGCCCCACCUGCCCCCUGGCUUCAGCUGGGCUUUGGCUGGUUCCAUUAGGCAAUAUUCAGGUGCUUGCUUGCAACCAAUACCUCCCCGGGGGCCUCUGAGCUGCAGCCUGAGAGAGACCCAGUAGCCAAUUGGGCUGCAUGGUGGCACUGGUGUUGUGCAAAGGCCAGGAAAGCUUCCUUUGGCUCCUCUCCCUCUCCCAGGGCCCCACGCUGCUCCCUUGGCCUUCUGGGGGCCCCUGUGGUGCUGGAUUCCCACCAACCUUGGGCUUUUGGAGGUUUCAAUCCCCGUGUGUUCGGUGGCGUUUCCCCUUAUGUUCAAGACAUUUACCACUAGCAGGCUGUCCUUUCCUGUGUCAGUCACCAUAGCCUCCCCCUCUCCCAGCUCCCUAUAGAACACAGCAGUGGCCAGAGGCAUAGCUCUGAAAUGGACCCCACCUGCCUUGCUGCAGCCUUCCCUCCACCUUCCUCUGAUGACUGGGGGCGCCCUGUCUUCCUGACCCAGGGAUGAUAGUCUGGUGUCCCUUCCCUGCAGAGGUCCUACUGAAAAUGCAUAAUAUCCCCCCACAAUGUCCAGCGAGGCCCAGAGGUGUGUGGUGGAUCCACAGUGGGAAACAAAGGGCGGAGUUCUAGGUCCUAUUUGCCCAAACUGGUUUAUUAUUUCCGCCAGCUAGCCAGUAUGGCUUCCUAUGAGCUAGAGGAGAUUCAAAGAUAACAAGACAGAUACAGAAGACCACGGGAGGCUCUUUAGAGGCCCUUCCCUGGAAAAGAGAUGAGUUGUACCACAGCCUCAGCUCAGCAGUCAACCCUGAGGGCUGCUCUUCCUACAACUCCAGGCCGGCCCCAUAAGCUUGUUCUCAAACAGUGUUGUCUUAACUCUGUCACACUCAUGGGCCUUGUCAGCUUGGUUAUUGUAACUUUACCCCAUGAUGGGUCCAUUGCUGGCAGUGGACAGGUGAAAUCCAGGCCCCUUCUCAUUUUUGUCCCAAACUCUUUGAGAAGAUGGGACCAUCAAAGAGUGUAGCAUACCAUGAGGCCACCCUGGGACUCUCAGAGGUUGAAAUCAACCCUUAUUUAUUAUAGAUCAUUUUUAAAUGACCGUACCACCUGUGGACCAUGCAGACAGCACCAGGCCAGGGCCAGCAGCAGUGCUGUCCUAGGCUGGGGGAAAGACUUGGAGACAUAACCUUCUAUGGCAUCCUUUCCCUGUGUUUUCUCUGUCUGGGGUAAGAUGCUAAGUGUUUCCCUUGGUAGGCUUCUCAAAUCACCAGAUACUAUUCUGUCGUAGGGAAACUUGCUAUGGCCCUAAGACUUUGGGGGUUAUGGGGAUUCAGGUUUCCAAUGGGAGUGGUCGCUUUCCAUAUACAAGUGGAGAAGGUUCCUUAUUUUCUCCAAUUCCAUAUUAUCUUAAUUACCUGAAUCCUAACACCUCUCCAGGCCACCUCACACCUGUCUUCACAACUGAUCUAUUGGCUGGCUGAGGUGUCCCAGCAUUAAGACUCCAAUUCUCAACCAGAAAACGCCAUUGGGUGGCCCCUAGGUCUCAGUGCUCCAGAAGUUGUCUUCAGGCAUCCCCUAGUACCAUUUUUUCUCAAAGCGCUAUUAAUCCCAUGUCAGGAGGGGUUCCCAGAGCAGAUCUGCUGGCCUGGAAAUACUCAGCAUUGUGGUCUGCUUCCCUAGGUCCCUGUUGCUCCUAGGGCCCCUCAUAGGCACAGAACCCCCAGCCAGAGGAGACUCUACCUUAAGGCCUGAUCACAGACCUGCAGGGUAGUCUAGACUUCAGCUCUUGCUCAUUGGCUCUCUUCAGGGCUUGAAGGUGGGGGUAAUUAAACCCUUCUGAGCAGUGGGGAGUCUGCUGGCUGUUUAUGGAGCCUCCCUCUGAUGUUCUGAGCCCGAGGUAGGAGUUUCAGAUAGUAUGUAUGCUGCCCUGCAUGGUUGAGUUGCUUUGGAUGUCUGCUAGGCUUCCAGUGCCCUGCCCCCUCCUCAUGCCAGAGAGUCACAAUGGCCUGUGCUUAAUCACAGCAAUAAUAUAUAGGGAGCAUCUGUGAGUCCCCUUUGUCCUGGUCCAUCACUCUUCAUGGAUCUCCCAGGAGACUGCUGAGUGGGUCAGUUCAUGUGAGAAUCAAUUUAUGAAGGUCUGGGCUGUGCAAAGUGUUGUCACAGGAGGCAGGUGAGAGGCCCAGCUCUGAACUGUGAGUAAGGCAGUGGGAGUGCCUUCCACCCUGAAGCCACCCUUACCUGGAGGAGCUGUAGGCCCUGGCUUUGUAACAGGGCCUAUGAAUUGGUUAGGACUGUCUUCCAGCUGGACAGCUCUUGAGAAAGGCACAUGACUAAUUUGUGAGCCCGUUGCCUGCUAUGUCUCCGUAAGUCUGUCUCUCCCUUUUCAUAACUGUGCACAUAAAAUAUACUGGUGUUUGUGUUCCUGGA